AAAGAGGCAGAGCGCGAGGGCAGCGCAUGCGCACGGAGACCUGAAGAAGAAAGAGAACAGUCCUCGCCCCCCCCCCCACUUUCUCGGGGAAAGACAAAAAAAAGUCUGCGCGAAAGUCCCGCAGCGCUUCGCGGGGCUCGUAUUAAACUGGCGGGGGCGCCCAUGAGGUGAGCGAUCAUGUGAGAAGUCAAGCUGAUAUGACGACACCAUAGCGAGCGAGGGCGCAAGAGGAGAAAACUUUUACCAGAUUCAGCCUUAGAAUGGACAGUUACUUCAAAGCAGCAGUCUCAGACUUGGACAAGCUACUUGAUGAAUUUGAGCAGAAUACUGAUGAACUUGAAAACAACAAAAUUGUAAAUCCACAUGAUUCCAAAUCUCACUUUCUUUCUUCAGAAUUAGACUACCAGCAGCCAAAAUUCCUGGGCCCAAAUGUGCAAGAAAAUAUUAGUAGUUGUACCACAUCAACUGAGCUCUCAUUGUCUAGUCAGACUACAAAUGUAGCAAACUUUGAACUGAACACUGAACAGAAUGAGAAAAAUGUCACUGGGUUAGAUCUUCUGUCUAUGGUGGAUGGUGGUUCUUCGGAUAAAAAUCAAUCUUCUUGCCUUGGGCGAUGUAGCAUACCCGUCUGUGAUCUUAUCAGUGACACAGGUAAUUUGAGCCAUGUAAAAAGUAAUUCGGAGUGUAUUCAAAAGUUGCAGCCAGGUGACUUUCAGACCAAUACAAGCUCUCUUACUGGUUUUGAUUUAUCAUUGAUAACAGCCACUGCUUGUAACUUGUCUGUUGAUUAUAGUGCGGAUUCUGGCACACAUCAACUGACUGAUGAAGAUACAACAUUGUAUAAUAAGGAAGAUGGCACAACCGAAAAACAGAGCCAAGUGAUGCUAAAGACAGACAGCCUUUCUGAAGCAAAUGUAGUGGAAUCUGGUGGGGCUCAAGAAAAGACGGGAACUUUGGAUAACAAUGAAGUAAUUGAUCAGGUAGAACAAACUACAGGCCUUGAGAGAGUAUCAGCUUUAAUAGCCCAACUAACGCCAACUGUAGAAAGUUCCAAAGAUGAGCUGCCUUGUGAGUUGUUAGUAGAUGAGAAUAGUGCAGAAAGUGAAACGAUACAUGGAGAAAGUGGCAAGCAAACUAUUUCAAAAGAAGAUAAGAUUGAAUCUGAAACCUCUAACCUGCCAAAGACACAUGGGUUGAAUAACACCAGCUUAAUAUUGCCUAAAGAAGAGACUUUAUGUGCCUCCCCACUUCAAAUUGAUAAUAUGUUAGUAUUGGAUAAAACACCCACCCCUGUGGAAAAUAUCUCUAGUGCAGAAGAGGAAACCAGUGCAACUGCAAACAUGGUUUCAACAUCGGAGGUCUCUGAAGAUGUACAGACUUCAUUGUCCUGUCUUCCACUUGCUGUUUCUAUAUGUGGGUCACUAGUUUCAGCUGAUGACACAAGUGGAAAAACUGCUCAGAGUGAAGCAGCAGAUGUCAUUAGUGAUGUAACUGUGCACACAGAAAAAUAUAACAAUGGCCUUUCUAAAGAAGAAUUGUUUCACAGAAUAGAAGCUUCUGAACAAGAUGGAAAUCUAAACAAACCCAUCCAGUGCUGCCUAGAGAAGCCUGCCUUUACAGAUAGCGAGAAUGUGGGUUUUGACAACAUUACUAGUAAAUGUGAUCUUUUCCAAUACCAAGACUCUGCUGCUACUUCUAGUUCUUCUUUGGUUACUGAAACAUGCAGCAGUGUUUUGCCUGCUGACAUUGGUGAUAGAGCUUCAAUUGAUCUAGCCAUAGAAGAAGACAUUAUUGGAAGUGAUAUGCUCAUUAGUGAUGCUGAACUUGAUGCCUUCUUAACUGAGCAUUGUUCUGAAGUGAGCCAUUCAAAGCCUCUGGAAGAAGACACUGAUGAUGGACUAUCAGAAUCUGAUGUGAUUUAUGAUAACUUAAUAGAUGCUAAAAAACUGAAUGUCAGAAGUGAUAGUUUACAAGUAGAAACGGAAUUUAAGAAGAGGGAAGCUUCUGUCAAUAACAAUUGUAUAGUUUCCAAUUCUGAACCUAGAUUGGGGAUUCUGCUGGGAAAAGGAACACAGCCGGUUCAACAAGAGACUUCAGAUCACAUAAGUGAAACUGCAAGUGAAAUUUCAGACCUCGCAAGUAGCCAACAGAUGGUGCACAGUGGAGGUGCAAGGCCAAAACAGUUGCAAAACUUUUCACCAAAAUCCAAACUCUCUUCUGAGCUUAGUAGUCCAAAUAAACUUGAGAGUCAGCCCCAAGUGAUAAAUUCCACAAUCUCAAAUACCUCUCUCUCAGAUACUAAAACCUGUUCUGAGUCAAACUUCAGAUUUAAUAAUGCUGACACACAAAGCUGCUUGGAAAACAAAGGUAGUGUCUCACCUGUGAUCUCGGAACCUGCUCAAGUAGUAGAACAAGCUGUAGUCCCAGGAGACAAGCAGCCAUCCUGGGUUCCUGAUUCAGAAGCACCAAACUGCAUGAAUUGUCAAGCCAAGUUCACAUUUACAAAAAGAAGACACCAUUGCCGUGCUUGUGGGAAAGUUUUUUGUACAGCCUGUUGUAAUCGGAAAUGCAAACUUCAGUAUCUGGAUAAAGAAGCAAGAGUCUGCAUAAGCUGCUAUGAGUCCAUUAACAAAGCACAGGCACUAGAAAGGAUGAUGAGCCCAACGGGUCUUGUGCCCAAUUCUGGUACCUCUGAAUAUUCAACUGUUUCACCUCUGCAGGAAGCACAGACAACCGGGUUGUGCCCUAAAGAACAGAAAAGAGUUUGGUUUGCAGACGGUAUUUUGCCUAAUGGGGAAGUUGCUGACACAACAAAAUUGUCAUCUGGAGUCAGAAGAUCCCCACAGGAACCAUAUCCCGUUGAAAGUUCAACAAAUGACACUGUUUGUGCAACUGAUAUCAAACCAAAGGAUGAAAUGCAUAUUGCUGGACAAACUGAGAACUUCAGUUCUCCUCCUUUUGUUCCAGAAGAAGAUAUUUUGUCCCCCGUAGGACAACCUGAGUUGUCAUGUAAUUCUGACUGUCUGAUUCCUGCUAUUGCUGAAUUCCCCACUAUUGUUGAACCAGUAAAGCAUCCUGUUCCUGCCACAACAAAUGAAGCUAGUGAUGUAACUGUUGGUCCAUUAGAUUACAGGAUGCUUUGUGGUGUUGAAAACUGUGUUAGCAAGGAGAUCAGCCUUAUUCCUGAGGAUAAUGGGUUGCCUCCUCUUCUGCUUGCAAGAGGAGAAAAAGGAGAAGAAUCCUUAAUAGAAGAACAUCCUUCUCAUAAGCAAGUCACUUUACUACUUGAAGAACCUAAUCCACUAACAUUCAUCCUGAAUGCAAAUCUUCUUGUGAAUGUAAAGAUACUCCCUUAUUCUUCAGAAAGGUGCUGGUACUUCUCAACUAAUGGACUGCAUGGUUUGGGGCAGGCAGAAAUUAUUAUACUGUUACCUUGUUUGCCAAAUGAAGAUGAUGUUCCUGAAGAAAUAUUCAAAUUAUUUAUUAAUAUAUAUAAGGAUGCCAUGAAAGGAAAAUUCAUAGGAAAUUUGGAAAAUAUUACUUUCACUGAAGGCUUUCUUGGAAGCAAGGAGAAUGGUGGAUUCCUAUUUGUUACACCAACUUUUCAGAAUCUAGAUGAUCUCAUACUCCCCAAAAAUCCUUUUUUAUGUGGUAUUCUUAUUCAGAAGCAAGAGGUGCCAUGGGCAAAGGUGUUUCCAAUUCGCUUAAUGUUGAGAUUAGGAGCAGAAUAUGGAGUGUACCCAACUCCUUUGACAAGUAUUAGACAUAGGAAGUCAUUGUUUGGAGAAAUAGGACACACAGUCAUGAAUUUACUUGUUGAUCUUCGGAAUUAUCAAUAUACAUUGCAUACAAUAGAUAAUUUAUUUAUUCAUAUGGAAAUGGGUAGAAGCUACAUUAAAAUACCUCUGAGGAGAUAUAAUGAGGUGAUGAAAGUCAUAAAUACUUCUAAUGAGCAUGUCAUUAGCAUUGGAGCCAGUUUUAGUCCUGAAGCAGAUUCUCAUUUAGUCUGUAUACAGAAUGAUGAUGGAGCCUAUCAGACACAAGCAAACAGUGCUACUGGACAGCCUAGGAAAAUUACAGGUGCAAGCUUUGUUGUGUUCAAUGGAGCCCUAAAAACAUCUUCUGGAUUCCUUGCUAAAUCUAGUAUUGUUGAAGAUGGAAUAAUGGUUCAAAUAACUCCAGAGAUUAUGGAUGGCUUGCGUCAAGCUUUAAGGGGGAAAAAGGACUUUAGAAUUACGUGUGGCAAAGUCGACUCUGGAGAUCUGAGGGAAUAUGUAGAAAUUUGUUGGGUAGAAAAUGAAGAAAAAACAAAUGUGAGAGUUACAAGCCCAAUAGAUGGGAAAUCAAUGGAAGGAGUUCCAAGCGAAAAAAUUGUCCAAGAAGAAUAUUUUGAAAUGGACAAUAAACUUGUAAAGUGUACAGAAGUGUUCUAUCUCUUAAAGGCCACUGAGGUAUUCAGUCAUGCUCAUCAAUUUGCUAAAGAAAUUGCAUUGGCUUCUUGUAUGGCCCUUCGCCAACAUCUCAAAACCCUGAAAAGUCAUGGAAUGAACAAGAUAGGCCUGAGAGUCUCCAUGGAUACCGAUAGGGUGGAAUACCAGGCAGGAUCUGGAGGCAAGCUUCUUCCCCAGCAUUACCUAAAUGAUCUGGAUAGUGCUUUGAUCCCAGUGAUUCAUGGUGGGACAUCAAAUGCUACAAAUCUACCAAUGGAAAUGGAAUUAAUAUUUUUCAUCACUGAAUCUCUCUUAAUAUAACAGGCGUGUAUGUUAUACUGCAGUGGACUGAAUUGCUAGCAGUGACCAAUACCAAAGCAGUUAGAUUACACUAUGGAUGAAAUAUUCAGGUUUUAUUUUUUUAAAAGCCAAUGAUUUAGUAACACAUCUUUAAUAACAUUUUACCUUUUUAAAAUGUGAGCAUGUUCCUCCUUAAUGUCAACAUGAAAUAUCAUUUUAAAAACCUGACCAUUAUCUAACGUUCUGAAAGUUUACACUUAAUACAGCCCAGUAAAAGGCAAGAAAGGAUUAAAACUAGCUUGUGUGUGCAAAAUACUGAAGGAUAUCCAUCUAUCAUUUGCAGAUGUUUUAGGUGGUUUUUUAAAUUAGAUACAAGUCUGAUAGGCUAUUCUUAAAUAGUUUUGGGGUUGUUUGUUUGUUUGUUUGCUUGUUUUAAAAAAGAUAAGUGUAAGCUAAAGUGGGAUAUGUUUGAACAGAUCAAUAUUACCUAGAAACACAGCAUGUUUCUUACCAUUGUAAUAAUUUUAUAACUCUGAUUUUUUUUAAAUGGUAUGUUUUUGAAGUGUAUAAUGAUGCACUUUUGCAAAAUUUGUCAGCUCUCAUGGAAUUACUUUUUUGAAUGGCUAACUUUGUUAUAUGUUUAUAAUGAAUUUAUUGAACAUAAAGAUGAAUACCCUUUAUAUUAAAUACCUAAUCUUUUUUCUUCUAUGCUCAGAUGUACAGUUUCUUGGUUUUUCCAAGAAUGAGUAAGAAGCCAGAUGACCCUUAAAGUAGUCAUCCUGUAGCGGUAAAUCAGGCAUAAAGCCUGUCAGUGCGCCAUUCUCUGAUUUUUGAGACCUCUUGGUAUCCCUGUUUAUUUUCAGGGAGAACAAUGUAUUAAGUGUGAAUUUUCAUGAACGGUUUCCUGUAUACAGUACUUAUUUUUAUACUGGGGUAUUUGCAUUAAAUAAGCAUUUAUAUAUGAGGAUAAUUGAUAUUAGUAUCUGAGAACUCUAAAUACAUUUUGAUAAUGCCUGCAUAAUGUUCCUGUUUGUUAUGCACAGAAGUAAAUUGUGUGUGCCUAUGUGUCUGUUUGAUUAAAGUAUUAGACUGAAUUUAUUGCA